AUGUCUGUUUCUCAGUCCAACUACAAGUUCUUUGAAGGCAGCAUUGCCACUUUCUAUUGCUUUCCAGGGUACACCAGCCGCGCCCCCCGCUGUGCUCCGCGCCCGCAGCCCCGGUUCUUUAUCACCUGCAGAUUGGAGAAGCGACUAUCAAAACGGCCAGUUGAAGUCAUGUCAGAUGUGGCUGCGACCCUCAGUGCAAAUUUUAAAAAUCGCCUAAAAAUCGUGCAGUCCAUAGGCUUGAGCAAAAGGACAGAAACUGCCUUCCCACCCCGCGCCUGCGGCCCGGAGGCCGGGAACCCAGCGCCACACUGCGUCCCGCCGGUCCCCAGACCCGCCGUAGGCCCGCGCCGUGCGACGCUGUGGGGUCUUCCCAGGCUCUGGCUCCACCGCCUCUCUGCCCGGCCCUGCCGCUCCCGACCGCCCGCCCCGCCCCGCCCCGGCCGCCCCGCCGGCGGGCUCUGGAACUAUGAAGAGGCGCGGCGGCGGCGGCGGCCACUGCGGCUCGGGGCGGCGCGCGAGGCGGCGGCCGGGGCGGGACGCGGGGCCGGGCAUGGGGCGCGCCGCGGCCGCCUGAAGCGGGCCCGGCCGGGCCGCCGCGGGCUGCGGCCCCCGAUCAGAGGACGGCGCGCGGACGGCCCGAGGAGCGCCGGAAUGUCCCGGCCGUGCCGCUUCAUGCUCGGAUGCCUGGUCCCGGCCCUCCUGCUGCACGGGCUGGGAGAGGGUUCUGCCUUCCUUCAUCCAGACAGCAGAUCCCAUCCUAGGUCCUUAGAGAAAAGUGCCUGGAGGGCUUUCAAGGAAUCCCAGUGCCAUCACAUGCUCAAACAUCUCCACAAUGGAGCACGGAUCACCGUGCAGAUGCCGCCUACGAUUGAGGGCCACUGGGUGUCCACAGGCUGUGAGGUAAGGUCAGGCCCCGAGUUCAUCACAAGGUCCUACAGAUUCUACCACAAUAACACCUUCAAGGCCUACCAGUUCUACUAUGGCAGCAACCGCUGCACCAGUCCCACCUACACCCUCAUCAUCCGGGGCAAGAUCCGCCUUCGCCAAGCAUCCUGGAUCAUUCGAGGGGGCACAGAAGCCGACUACCAGCUACACAAUGUCCAGGUCAUCUGUCACACGGAGGCGAUGGCUGAGAAGCUCAGCCAGCUGGUGAACCACACAUGCCCGGGCUUCCUGGCAGCCGGGGACGCCUGGGCACAGGAUGUGGCCUACAACCUGUGGCGGGAGGAGGGUGGCUGUGAGUGUACCAAGGCCGUGAACUUUGCCAUGCACGAGCUUCAGCUCAUCCGGGUGGAGAAGCAGUAUUUGCACCACAACCUGGACCACCUUGUUGAGGAGCUCUUCCUUGGUGACAUUCACACUGAUGCCAGCCAGAGGAUGUUUUACCGGCCAUCCAGUUACCAGCCCCCCCUGCAAAGUGCCAAGAACCACGACCAUGCCUGCAUAGCCUGUCGGAUCAUCUACCGGUCAGACGAGCACCGCCCGCCCAUCUUGCCCCCGAAGGCCGACCUGACCAUCGGCCUGCAUGGGGAGUGGGUGAGCCAGCGCUGCGAGGUGCGCCCCGAGGUCCUCUUCCUCACCCGCCACUUCAUCUUCCACGACAACAACAACACCUGGGAGGGGCAUUACUACCACUACUCCGACCCUGUCUGCAAGCACCCCACCUUCACCAUCUAUGCCCGGGGCCGCUACAGCCGUGGCAUGCUCUCCUCCAGGGUCAUGGGGGGCACAGAGUUCGUGUUCAAAGUGAAUCACAUGAAGGUGACCCCCAUGGAUGCAGCCACAGCCUCGCUCCUCAAUGUCUUCAACGGGAAUGAGUGUGGGGCCGAGGGCUCCUGGCAGGUGGGCAUCCAGCAGGACGUGACGCACACCAAUGGCUGCGUGGCCCUGGGGAUCAAACUACCUCACACGGAGUAUGAGAUCUUCAAAAUGGAGCAGGAUGCCCGGGGCCGCUAUCUGCUCUUCAACGGCCAGAGGCCGAGUGAUGGGUCUAGUCCAGACAGGCCUGAGAAGAGAGCCACGUCUUACCAGAUGCCCUUGGUCCAGUGUGCGUCGUCCUUGCCCCGAGCCGAGGACUUGAUGGAGGACGGUCGGGGCCACCUGCCUGGACGGGCGCCUGGGAGGAGUGCCAGUCCCCUGCUUCUCGCCACACUCACCAGCCUGUUGACCUUACCCCACUGGAACCUCCUCAGAUAGAUGCUUUUAGAAAGCUCCAUUUUUCCAGACCAGGAUUCCUUACAAUUUACAGAUUUUCUCUACAAAAAGAAAGGACAUUUAGUCUCUUGAUGCACUUGAAUGUCCUGUUCUCCUCUCCCUGCCCCAGCCCCUGAGUCAUGAACAGCGCAUUUGAAAUUUCUGCUUUGAACUCUGUCCAGCCUGAUCCCUGGCCUGAGUGACUCCACAACAGUAAUUGCACUUUAAGACGGCAGGGAGUUUCGGGAGAGUGUGUUUGGUAGUGGGAGCAGGGGUGAGAGCUGGGUCCUCUUACAUCUUUUCUCUGAAUUGUUCUUAUAUUUCUGAGUUGAACUUAGGAGAAACAAAUAUCAGGCUACAACUCUUCCUGCCAUUUUACUGUGGUUGCUUCCUGUUCUCCUUUGGAAUGGUUUCACUCUCCGAGUUUUAUGUGCUGGAAUCCAGUGCAGGGGUUGGUUUGGGACUGCGAUCUAGACACCUUUUGUUAAUAAAGAAGAGACGCGGGUGUAGGUAUGUCCUAGGAAAAGACGCAAGGUUUAGCUAAACCACCGCUAUAGCCUUUAUGCAAAAAAGGAGAGAAUCAAAGCUUUCAUUUCAGAAAUGGUGAGUGGAACAGUGUCUGUAAUUAAAGUUUCAAAGUAAUUUAAACGAUUUUUAUAUCAGUUGUUGUAACUUGCUGAGAGAAGAGGUGGCUGCAGAACACUGCUGCUUCCUUCCCGUCUCAGUAGACAAAGGGAUCGUCGGGGAAAGCAGAAGCAGUCUUGCUGCGGCCACAGGAGCAGUGACACGCAGGUGCUGCAGUGGGUUAAGUGCCACAGGAAU